GCGCUAUGAAUCAAUGAAUGCGCUAUAGCUAUCAGUUGAAAUAGAAAUGUCGAAGGAUUUAUUUCACAAAUAUGACCUUAAUGGGCGGUGUUGUGAUUUAUAGUUAUAAUUACAUAUUUAUUAUCGUAUUGUAAUAUAUACUUUCCGUCCUCUGGAUGAAGGUAUGCUUGCUUAAUGCAUUUACCGAAAAGAUAACCUCUUUUGAUGGUACUUCGAAUUUUGAGAAAUCGUGCCAGCGGCCGGUGGAUUUGCUAAUUUGUAUUAUAAACGAGCAACUAUGUUUGACCAAAGAAUCAUAGCAAUCUGUUUUCUUGUGUGCUUUGUAAUAGUAUUUAACUUCUCUCUUCAUCGCAUUGAAGAGGGUCAUGUGGGGGUGUACUUUCGAGGUGGCGCACUAUUACCUCAAGUGAGUAAUCCAGGAUUUCACAUGAUGAUACCAUUUCUGACCACAUAUCGUUCAGUUCAAGUAACUCUACAAACAGAUGAAGUAAAGAAUGUACCAUGUGGAACUAGCGGUGGUGUUAUAAUCUACUUUGAUCGUAUAGAAGUUGUAAAUAUAUUGGAUGCAAACAGUGUUUACAAUAUGGUGAGAAAUUUCACAGCUGAUUAUGAUCGCACUUUAAUUUUUAACAAAGUGCAUCAUGAAUUAAAUCAAUUUUGUUCUGUACAUACACUACAUGAAGUAUACAUAGAUCUGUUUGAUCAAAUUGAUGAGAAUCUAAAGACUGCGCUUCAAAGAGAUUUGAAUGAAUUAGCACCUGGUCUUAAUAUACAAGCUGUAAGAGUAACAAAACCGAAAAUUCCUGAAACAAUCAGGAAGAACUAUGAAUUAAUGGAAGCAGAGAAAACGAAACUGUUGAUAUCUACACAACAUCAGAAAGUAGUGGAAAAAGAUGCUGAGACUGAUCGCAAGAAAGCCAUUAUUGAAGCUGAAAAAGAAGCGCAAGUUGCAAAGAUUCAAUAUAAUCAAAAGAUUAUGGAGAAAGAAUCCCUGCAGCAAAUGGCUGCGAUAGAGGACGAGAUGCAUUUAGCAAGACAAAAGAGUCGUUCUGAUGCAGAAUUUUACCAGAUGAAAAUGCAAGCUGAGGCGAAUAAAUUACUUUUGUCUCAAGAAUUCUUAGAGCUCAAAAAGUAUGAGUCAUUGGCACACAAUACGAAAAUAUAUUACGGGCAAGACAUUCCAAGAAUGUUUGCAUAUGGAAGUUGUUCGAAUGAUGUCAAUUUUAAAUCUAAUAGCAAUAUUGAAGAGAAAAAGUUAUGAGCAAUGAAUAAUGCUCUACAAUUUAUAUCUUAUUAUUAUUAUUAUUAUUACAUAAGAUGAAAUAUGAGUAA